GCGACCACCUUGAUCUUAAAGGUGCCGAAUCCACGGGAGCUCUGCAGCGACCAUCUCCAGGUCCCCGCACUGCCAGGACAUCCAACCAAGGAUUGAUAAAGGAAAAUGGAAGGCGAUUGUGACCGGCGGGAAGGGCGAACUUCGUGGCAUCACCAGCCCUGUUUGCGCUGCGGGGAAAAUGCUUUCAAAUUUCUGGUUGCAGGAUUUGCUUUGCUUUCUGGUAUGUGCAUAGUGCUGACCACCCAACAUGCCCAACCAAUCCAUCAGCAUCUUAGACAAAAAGUCAGUCGUUCCCACUUAGAAAGGCACCCUGACACAUGGGCCACAGCCCAGCACAGGGUUAGGAGGUAUACAAAAAUUGGGACCGAUUGGCCCUGGUCUCAAGCUCACAUAAAAUAUACAGGAAGCAUGGGAUUAAAUUCUAACAAAGGCUUAAAUUUGUCAACGGUAGUUAUGCACGGGACGGAGGUGUACUUGGAAAAUGAGUGGAGCUGGGAUAGCACAAACAGACUUCCACAACUGCUGGGGAAGGUGGGACAAGAAAUAAAGGUAGGGUGCAGGGUAAUUAAUGGAUCCACUCACCAGCGAGUAACUCAAAUCUCCGUAACUGAAGUAAAAACUAAGAAAAAUCAGAAAAAAAACUGUGCUGUGGAAAAAUUGGACUGUUGGUGCAAUUUUACUUUGGUCCAGCCAGUCUUUGUGGUCUGCCUCUGGGCACACAACAGCGUGGGGCUGUCCUUUAAAUUCAAGAUUAGCACCACGGCACACUCCUUUGCUGCCGUUAAGAUCUCAAAAUGCCAUUUUUUGGCCUGGCAUGCAGCCCAACAUGCUGAAGUUGGCAACCAGGUAAAAUUGGAAAUUAAAUACUCCCAAGAAAGUAUAACCGACCCGAUGCAAAUCGAUGGCACCACUGUGACUGUUGCUGCCCCUAACAGUCGCAAGUGGGUUGUGCCAGUAAACUGCCUCCGUGAGAGCAAAACGCUUAAUAGAUCUGAAUUAGGCACGGAGGCUUCAUGGUAUAAUCAGGAUUAUGGACGCUGCCCACACCUGGUCAUAAACCUCCAGGUGUGGUGUCAAGGAAAUCUGAGCGUAGAAAUGUCCCCCGAGCUUGGAGGAAAGUGGUGGAUAGGAGGCCCCGAAGGAUUUAAAAAAGAGUUUACCAUCAUUGCUGUCUUGCGUCCUUUUGUUUCCAAAAUAGGCCCUUAUGUAGUCAAGCAAAAUCACAUCCAAGAGCUGUUGACCGGGCCUGUCCGAUCAUUGAAGAAGGUGGUGUUGUCUCUGUCCACUGUUAAUAUUUCAUCUGUCAGACCGCACUGUACCCCCUUUCUAUCCACCCUCCACACCGGCUGGCUGGCAUGGCUCCACAGCCGCUCCAUCCAGAGGAGCCGGGCCAGAAGAGAUCUGCUGGCCACGGCACUGGGAGGAGGGGGUGCCGGUCUGGGCGUCCUCAACAGUAUGAACGUUGAGGUCUUGGCCAACAAGUUGGAGGCUGUCACCUCGGGCGUGCACGGCCUCCUCAACCCCCUGAAUUCAUCUCUGGCCAGCCUUGGGAUGGGACAGUGGCUGGUGUCAGAGGUAUUGCCCACCUGGGAACAAAUAAGUGAGAAAGACCACCAGAUGCUGUUGCGAGCACUGGGCAUCGAACAAAAUAACGUCUCCCUUGCUCUUAGUUGCAUCCAGGCCCAGAUGUGGGUGCAGAGUGUCGUUGCAGGUAUCCUGAGAGAUGGUGACAAUGGCGUCCUCCCCACUGAGAUCCGGAAGAUCGUGUGGGACGCGGCCACAGAGAAGGAGCAGCAGCUCCAAGCCUGGUGGAGGCUCGUCAACUUCACCCAUGACCAGGUCCUCAACGCAGUCAUCGCCCACGUCCUGACGGUGGCAGAGGCUCGCAUCGAAAAGGUCUACCCCGUCGUGGCCCUGGGGGUUAACACAAACGGGUCCGUGGUUUACCCCCUGGACCACCGUAUGUGGGCGAGGCUGUCUGAUGGGAAAUGGCAAUCGGUAGAUUUGGAAGCCUGCAUUUUGGAAAGGGGGCUGGGAUUCAUAUGCGAAGAUGAUGCCCUUAAGGCAAGUGACGUUUGCUUCGACACCAAAGAAGGGGUGUGUCAUUUUGAGAUCAAUCCCCAGAGCAGUAAUAAAACCGUGCUGGGAAAGGGUGCGUGUGUUUCAGAACAAUGUGUAAAUACGUGCAAAUUAACGAAGUUUAUAAUCAGACCGUGUUUAACGACUCCAAUAUGUGUGCUUGCAAUGUAGCUAUUAUUAGAGGCUGCGAUUUUGUGUAUAAGCCACCUGUGUUUACUAGCCAGUUGCUAAUCAGAAACUACACCUUGUAUCGUAGUAUAACCCCGACCCCCAUCGGUAUGGAUUUGUCUCUUGUAAAAGAAAUGUUAGAGCAUGCAACUUUACAGCAGCUGUUAGAAAAUGCUAAGGCAGAAGCUAAAAAGAUCCUAAUAACUGUACAUCAUGAUGGUAAUGUUAUAAAACAGGUAAUGGAACGGAUUAAGGGGGUGGGAGAACAUCACUGGUGGGAAGUUUUCUUCGGUUGGUCCCCCACAGCCACCGGCAUCUUCAACACGCUGCUGCACCCCAUUGUAGUGAUACUGCUAAUGCAAAUCUGUGUGUGCUUUGCCAUGGUAGCGACUUGUUACUGGAUGAGGCAGGUGAAGCUCUGCAUUGACAACCAGGUGAAAGGACUGGGGCUGGCCAAGCGCCUCCUACCAUAGUCAAGGGCAAGACUGGGUUGGCCUCUGUGUUUGCCACCAAGAAGAACUUUUAGCUCCGCUGUUGGCUGCAACCCAGUAGGCGUUGAGCGGUGGGGACACACGCCAUACCAGACCUUGAUGUGAGGGAUGGCCUCCUCUGUUAGAAGAGGGUCAUCCGGGAGGGGAGGGCAGGCCAAGCAGCCUGCGGCUGGCAUGAAUCACAGAAUGGUUGAGGUUGGAAGGGACCUCCUGAGAUGAUCUAGUCCAAGCCCCCCUGCUCAAGCAAGGUCACCUAGAGCAGAUUGCCCAGGACUGUGUCCAGCUGGGUUUUGACUAUCUCCACAGAUGGAGACUCCACAACUUCCCUGGGCAAACCUGUUUCAAUGUUUGAUCACCCUCACAGUAAAAAAGCACGAGUUAGCAUAUGUAACUUCUCUUUGACUCUCCCAUCUAAUGCUAAAUGCUAAUGUGAAGAAGCUGCUCUUGUGCGAUUUAAGACUCCUUAAGCAGAGGAGAAGGGACUAAGGAAAACCAAGGACAGUGUCUUUGAAGGAAAGAGGAAGGGAACAUAAUGCAUGAGCGUGGAAAAGCACCAACUGAAGGUGGCAGAGCUGUUAGCAGCCUCAAAGACUUGGAAAGAUGAUAAAAGAUGAGCAGAACAAAAGAUCCUGUGAUCACCUGGGACUUAAAGGAGCUGAAUCUACAUGGACCUUUGCAGCAACUAUCUCCAGGUUCCCGAGACUCCCAGGACGUCUGGCCAACGGAUUGGUGAGAUCUUGUUUUCGGAGCCUGGACAUCAUGCCUUUGCUUUGCCUAGUAGUGCAUGUACUCAAUAAAAUUUGCGUGUUAG